CUUCAUACGUGUCCACGGUCGUCAUCUCACGGUGUCCACCGAAGCCUCGCAGCUAUCACCACACAGUCCUCUGCCACGUCCCGUCCAUACAACAUGCACCCUUGUAGCCACACCUCCCGCACGCACACAAACCCAUCCGUCCAGUCCUGGUCAUAUUCAGUCCGUCCACACGUGCGCCCUCCGUCUGUACACUUGCACACGCUAACACGCACACACACACACACACACACACGGGGCGCCUGAACGCUCGCCAAAACCUGACUUGGGCUACGUACGUUGGCUACCUGUCAACAAGACAAGACGAGAAGCAACAGCGAAUGGGUAACGUACGACUGACAAGGGAAAAACACCGUGACGCGAUAAACAAAUGGAGGAAGAGAUGCGAAAAAGACGGGGGAAAAACCUGUAGCUAGGCUGUGUCGUGGCCGAAAAAUGAGACCCACACCCCUCUCUUGGUGUGCACACACAGAAUUGUUGGUUGGUUCGAAUGAGGCCAAAAAGGACCCAAGACACUCGCUCAACGCUCGGCACUCGGCACUCGGCAAAAACACGCGCCGCUCCAACGGUCUAUCUAUUUAUCUAGCCAUCACCCCUUCAUGACGCCCCUCACACCCUGCCUCUCUGCGCUGCUCUCCUCAUGGCUGUGGGUGUCGGUGUGGUUGGUGUCCUUCUUUCUGGGUGGUGUGACGGGGCAGUCCAGGAGGUGUGGGUGUGGGGGCGCCAGGAGCGAGUUGAGCACUCGCACAAACGGCGCUCGCAGCACCGAUGAACGCGAGAAACCCACUCGCGGCGGUGUGGACUCACACCUACACGAACCACCACACGAGACAGUGUGCCGUGGGUGUCUCGCGGUGUGUGUGCAUGUUGUCCCUAACUGACUGACCAUUCCCGGAAGUCAUCGAAAGAUAUGGACCGCUCGUCUUUGUCUCCCUGCCCCUCCCCGUUGGCCGUCACCAUAUCGUGGGCAGGGUCGUGCUGCAGCGAAGACAGGUGCUGCUGCUGCUGCUGGUGCUGGUGCUGCUGUGCGAUGAUGCCGAUGAUGGGAGUGGGGUAUGACGGCACGGGGGGCCGCUGGUCGGGCGGGGUCAGCUGCUGCUGGUGGUGAUUUGACGAGAGGCGCGAGAAACACUCGGUGGCCGACUCACGGGAGAGCUGGAUCACCUGAAGGAAGGCAGCAGGGCAUGGGGGAUGCACGCAGAGGCACAUACAUAGAUGUGUGUGCGUGGUGCGGUGCAUCCAAGCGUACCGAUUGCGGCUGCACGCCUGCCUUCUUGAGGUCAAGAACCACAGCGGGGGUCAGCAUGACUGGGGCGAGGCGGCAAGACACCACACAUCCAGACGUCAGUCGGUGCCCAUAUCGUAGCUGUGGUUACCUGCUUACCUCUGUAUAUGGUAGACAGCAGGUCGACCAUCUCGUCGUAUGUGAUGUGACCGUCGCCAUCGACGUCAAACAACUCAAACAAACCUGCACACACAAAUGAUACGAUAGACACCAAUCAGACGCCCCUCCCCUCGUGCAGUGCGCUGAGACCUCUGAGUCUCUGCUCCUUGUCGCCCUCGCAGAACUGUGCGAGGCCGCACACCAACUCCAACACGUCAACCACACCAUUGCGCUUCUGAUCCAACACGCUGAACAACUCUGCACACACACCAAUACACCAAUACACACACGAUGGAUGGAUUUGUGUCUGUCUGUGCAUCCUCUGAGGCAGGUACCCUUGAUGUGUUGGUUGUCUAUGUGGAGGUUGGCCUCGUCCGCCACUCGCUGGAGGGCCGUCUCGAAGCCCUCCCGAUACACCAUCCCGUGCUCGAUCUCGCGACGCACCGAACGCAACACUGACAAACACAACGCACCCACAUGAAGUUGAUAAGGUAUGGAUGGCAGACAGAAUCGUUCUCGCCUCUGUCCUGUGUGUGUGUCCUCACCCUUUUCGAUGGGCAGGUGGUGCAGUUGUGUCUUUCGUCUGAGGUCGCAGAGGUCCACCUGCCCGUCCCGUGUGAUGUGGUAAGCCUGCGCCCACCCCUUCCCCGCCGACUCCUCGUCAUGGACAGAGUGCCCGUGGUGCAUCGACGAUCGACGACCCGUCUUGGGCCGAUCCACACGCCUGCAGGCCAUCCGCCAAUGAAACGGACACACGACACAGACAGACCAGUCAAGUGCCUCUCCUCUCCUGUGUGUACCUGGCGUUGAAUUUGUUGGCCAGAGAGGACUUCAUUCCCUCUUCUAACGCACUCAGAUCCAGGAUCAUGCCGCCGCGCUUCGGGGCAUUGCUACCGCUGCUGGUGCUGGCGCUGGUUGAUGAGUGAGAGGCCGACGUGUGUGAAUGCCCAUGCGCGUGUGAUGCCGACUUGCGCCCGGUGUGCGGGUGGUCUGCUGCAGGGGAGGAGGGUGGAGGGAGGGGAGGCGGCUGGGUCUGCCGGUCGCCUUGCACCCUGCACAGCGCACCCACAGAUAUAUCAUUCCAACACACACAUGGUGAAGACGCACCUCUCUCUGCCCAUCUGCCUUACCGUGAGUUGUAUGUGUCGACGAAGUCCCGAUAAAUCCCAUCGAGUGACGCCGUCACCUCGUCCAUGUCCACACCGCCGCCUCCCACACGCGCAGCGCCGCUAACGCGCCGCCACUGACCACUGAAGGGCCAUCUUAAUUGGAACAGCGGCAUGAUGGCGCCUCGCCGAAACUGAUGCAGGGCUCGCAGAGAAACGCGCGGUUCCAUUGGAGGACAAUUCAGUUGCAAUUCAGCAAACAGAAAGGCCAACGCUGCAGCUGCACGCUUCCUUUCGGAUCUCGGUGAAGAGUAGACGCCGUUUCCUUCGGAAAUACAGCUCUCUCACGUGCUUGCCCACACAGCAAAACCUAAG